ACUACAACCCCCGGCAUGCCCUGCGCCGGGACGGCGCGGCGCUUCCUGGCUACGGCAGCCGAGGAGGGCUGCGAGUCGUCACCUUCCCUGCGCUCCGCAGCCAUGGAGACCGGGCCUCCCCCGCCGCUGGAGCCCGUCCCGCUGCCGGUGUUCGCCGAGGAGGGUUUCGGGGACAAGUUCCUGCGCAAGACCCGCGAGAACCCCUUGGUGCCCCUCGGCUGCCUCUGCACGCUCGGCGUCCUGACCUACGGACUGAUCAGCUUCAAGAGAGGCAACACCCGCCGGUCGCAGCUGAUGAUGCGGGCGCGUAUCCUGGCCCAGGGCUUCACCUUCGCGGCGCUCCUGGGAGGCAUGGUGGUGACAGCUAUGAAAUCCAGGCAGUGAAGCCAGACGAGCGAGGAGCGGGGGGCACGUACCCGCCAGCCUGUGCCCCGGCUGGCAGGGUGGAUUCCGGCUGCAGAUGGAGUUUUCUGAGAGACGGUUGUGAUGUCUUGGUGGAGCCGGUGUCAGAGAGGCUCUGUGCUCCAGGGUGCUGGAAGUGUGGCUAAUACACCUCUGUGAUUAAUGUGAAA